CAUGAGGGGCGGGUUUUCCAGGGAAGUCUCUGCCCCCAACUUUGUUGAUUGACACAGGGCUAUGGCUCCUCCUUGAAACUUUUUUUUUCUUCGUUUUUCAGCGUUGUGCGUUGAUUUCAUACCAAAGUCAUACUUUACAUUCCACCUUUACUGUCAAACCCUGAGAAAUAUUUAUUGAAAACAUAAAAGCGCCCGAAAAAUAAACUCUUUAAAUGAGGAAACUUUUUACAAGCGCUUGAGAAGGGAGAAGUACGGAUCAGCCAAAGUUUAUCGGCACUUCACUCCCAACUUCCCUGGGUUUUUGUGGAAGGGGUGAGAGCAGAUCCUUCUUUUUUACCAGGGACUUGAAAGAGAAAACAAACAAAAAAAUCAGUCAACUGGAGGAUUGCUUAAGUAAACGCAAUUGCUUAAGCACUUUUUAAAUAAUUUUAUAGUCGUCCUCAGAGUGGGGCUCGCAAGCGGGCCCAAGCGGGAGCCGCCACGAUUGCGUCCAACGAGUGGAGUGCUAACGGCAGCCCGGAGGAGGGGCGAGAGGAUGGGGCCGAUGGCCUGGACAAGGCCAUGGACGGGGACGCUGAGGGCGUGUGGAGCCCCGACAUUGAGCAGAGCUUCCAGGAGGCCCUGGCCAUCUACCCCCCCUGUGGCCGGAGGAAGAUCAUCCUCUCGGAUGAGGGCAAGAUGUACGGCCGUAAUGAGCUGAUAGCGAGAUACAUCAAGCUGCGGACGGGAAAGACCAGGACGCGGAAACAGGUGUCUAGUCACAUACAGGUUUUAGCGCGGAAGAAAGUCCGGGAGUACCAAGCGGGCAUCAAGGUCUCUAGCCACUUGCAGGUUCUUGCCAGGAGAAAAUCUCGUGAGAUUCAGUCAAAGCUGAAGGCCAUGAACUUGGAUCAGGCCUCCAAAGACAAGGCCCUCCAGAACAUGGCGGCGCUCUCCUCGGCGCAGAUCGUCUCGGCCAGCGUGAUGAAGAACCAGCUGCCCCCCCUGCCGCAGCCCCCCUACCCGCCGCCUGCCAGGUUCUGGCCCACCCCCAUCCCUGGACAGCCGGGCCCCUCUCAGGACAUCAAGCCGUUUGCACAGCCCCCCUAUCCCAACUUACCGGGACCUGUCCCGACACCUAUAUCAACAUACGAGCCCCUGCCCACCCCAUUGCCCCCGGCCACCACGGCAGUGCCCGUGUGGCAGGACCGCACCAUUGCUUCCUCCAAGCUCCGAAUGCUGGAGUACUCGGCCUUCAUGGAGGUGCAAAGGGACCCUGAAACGGUGAGCCCGCCCCCGUAUAGCAAGCACCUGUUCGUCCACAUCGGGCAGACCAACCCCUCGUACAGCGACCCACUUCUGGAGGCCGUGGACAUCCGGCAGAUCUAUGACAAGUUCCCGGAGAAGAAGGGCGGGCUGAAGGAGCUCUACGAGAAGGGCCCGCAGAACGCUUUCUUCCUGGUCAAGUUCUGGGCAGACUUAAAUAGCAGCGGCAUGCAGGACGGUCCCGGCUCCUUCUACGGCGUGAGCAGCCAGUACAGCAGCACCGACAACAUGACCAUCACCGUCUCCACUAAGGUCUGCUCCUUUGGCAAGCAAGUGGUGGAGAAGGUCGAGACGGAGUUCGCCCGGGUGGAGGGGGGGAGGUGCGUGUACCGGAUUCACCGCUCCCCCAUGUGUGAGUACAUGAUCAACUUCAUCCACAAGCUCAAACACUUGCCUGAGAAGUACAUGAUGAACAGCGUGCUGGAGAACUUCACCAUCCUGCAGGUGGUGACGAACAGGGACACCCAGGAGACCCUUCUUUGCAUAGCGUUUGUGUUCGAGGUGUCAACGAGUGAACAUGGGGCGCAGUACCACGUUUAUCGACUUGUCAAGGACUAGGGGGUCCUCCUGGGGUGGGGUGGGGGGGGGGGGGGUUGGCAGCAGGGCUUGGGGGCUGCCUCAGAAACAUUGAAAAACCAAAAAAGAAAGAAAAUCACACUCAAUCACACACACAGAAACUCUCUCUCACACACAGAAUCUCUCUCACACACACACACACACACAGAAACCUGGAUGACAGAACAGAUGGGUAUAUGUAUAUUUUAUAGUACAGUAGGUAUUUUUUACUAUCAUUACUAAUUUUGUAAAAUAGGAAUUGUAUGAAGUAAAAAAGCAAAAAAAAAAAAACAACAAAAACAAACUAUGCACUACUUUGUGUAAGGGCAAUUUUUGAAUAUACUCUGUUUAAAAAAAACAAAGCAGGUUGCAUCAGUUAAUGUUCCUUAACUGUUUUCAGGGAUGACACUAAUCUUUAUCGUUUGAGCUGAUGGAUUGGGGCAGCGUAAUAGGAGGGUUUUUGACGAUGUCCAAAGGAGCAGACGCAUCGCUGUAGGAAGCUGAAUGCGUCUUGCGGAGGUGCCGCGGGAUGGGGCAGUGAGAAGAUGAGAUCGAGAAGAAGGGAAAUCCGAACGUGGAGACGAUAGCUUUCGAGCCAAGUGCAGAGGGUGUCGAACUGACUCUGACGUCAGGAGUCUGACUCUGAAGGCAGUGUUUUUGCCCCAGAGAGCCUUCUUGAACCCAAUCACUACCUCUUGUCUUGGGCAAAGCUAACCUGGUGUUUCUCAGUCCGGUCCACUGGGACCCAAAGACAGUCCGUGUUUUCGAUCGCUCCCAGCUCUCCGUCGGACUGUCCGCAUUCUCCACAUGUCUGGCAGGGGUGGCCAAUCUUAUCCAGAAAGGGUCGCUGUGUGUGCAGGUUUUCAAUUGAUUGACUGAAAGUCCUCAGACCUGGCUUUGACUUAAAGGUUAUCCCAAAAACCACCACACACACCGGCCUUUUGUGGAUAAGAUUGCCCACUCCUGGUCUAGGGGUCCCCUAGGUCUGGGCUGAGAAACACUGAGCAAUCCUGAGAACACCAAGGGGAAGAAGCCAAAGGAUUCAUGCAGACCAGAGGAGGCCUUUUUCUUGUUACAUUCUAGAUGCCUGAUGCGAACUACCUGCCUGGUCUCUUUGGAAAGCACAGGAAAAUGAGGAAGAACUUCAAAUGACGAGUGGAUGGACAGUGCACUGAGUAGCAGUCUGCUCUGAAGCCACACCAUGAAGCAGAUCGAUUACAGGGGCCGGCUGUGGAACUGAACCUAGGUUAUGUUUUUUUUUUUUUAAUUGGUUGUUUGCUUGUUUUUCUUAACUAAUACAGAAUAAAUGCAAAAUGGGGUUGAGUGAAUCUACCUCCUGGCUCUUUUUUUUAAAGCCUUAAACUAAGAACCUGAUUGGAUUGCCAGAAACAGGGUACUGGGCUCAGGCAAGUGAGGAACCCUGAUUUCCAGCACUUACUGGUCUCUUGCCACAGACGUACGUCGUCGUAUGUAGCUACCUUUGCUCUCACACUAAUUUGAGGGAGACGAAGCGUUUUAGUCAAAGGUACUGUGAAGUGAAAUGCAGGGUAAAUUACUCAAAGAUGUGGAAUUUUUUUUUCUUUUUUUUUUUUUUUGGAAGCUACCUUUAUGUAAAAUCAAGCAUUUCUUACCAGCAUGGCUGCAGGCGAUUGGAGGGAAUGUUACACAGCAGCGGUAAAAGAUUUUUUCCCUCCCCCCCCCCAUGAUCUGUAACUGAGCACUAAUUUUUUCCCAUUUAAUGUAUUUACUCGCUCGGUAGACUUCAUGCAGUGAACGAAUGCGGUUUUCGCUCAACAGUUACAAGUCAGGAUUUGACGUGUGUUGACUAUCCACUCAGGCCGACACACAUGUUUCAUGCAUCUUUUUCUCUUGUAAUGAUCUGCAAUUAAAAAAAAAAAAAAAACAGCAGGACACUGCUGCAGAAAGAGGAUCUUUAUGGAUGUAACUGUUUACCAUCUAAUGGAACGUGCACUAAAGACAAAGGGGCACAGAGUAUUAAACACAGGUCAGAUUUUGAAAUGUUUAUUUUUCCUCUGACUGAUUAGCCAAUGGUAGCUGCGCCCUAAGCUCUUUGUGUCUAUGGGGACUUGCAUCCUGUUGGACAGUGGGAAGACAGAAGGGAAUUGGAAACAUGGACGGAGAUCCAGUACGCCUUACAGAAUCUGCAGACGAAAGUGCGCUUCACUCAAGGACUUUGUACUCUUUCCGAGGAAUUUGAUCGCCUUGCUUGCCUUAUUCAUCCCUGUGUUUCCCCCCUCUCGCCCCCUUUCUGUCUAUAGUGUCUUGUCACCAUGUAGCACCGGGGAAUUGCAGCUGCCGCCACACAUAUUAUACUGUGCUGUGACCAUGCAGUUCCUCCUGAACGAGCCCGCCUCAAGGGCGAGAAUGGAGUUUUACAAUUGUUUUUGAGUUUGUAUGUCUCAAUAGAUGAGGUUAAAUACCCCUCCCCAAAGUGUGGAAAUAUGCAAGCGUUAGAAAAUGGGUGAGCAGGUGGCUUAGGGUAAGGAGUUAAAUGUGACGGACGGCUACGGUCUUCAGUCAAGGGCUUCCGUGAAACCGAACUGCCGGGCGUCACAUGACCACAUGAUCACAUGACCUAUUAAGACUCUGCCUUUCGCCAGUGUCUCCUCCUACCCGGCUCAGCACCUGCUGUCCAGGCCUUCUAAGGGAGCUUUCACAUCCAUGGCAUAUUUUGUGUGUGUUGUUGGUAUCCAUUAGGUACAUGUAUGGUUUUUAUGCUCAAAGGGAGGGGGUGAGUUAUUUUGUAAUUUCUCCCCAUUUUAUAUCCCAAAUGGUGCAUUGCAUUCUUGUAUAUUGUGUUGUCUACGACGUGAGGGUUUGUAUUCUAUAAUCAGUGUAUUGUGUAUAAUCUACCAAUAAAGACAUGCAUGGUGCCUCAGAA